AUCAGCGCAAGCAUGUAUUCUUUAGAAUGUGAAGAAAGUUAAUCCAUCAUCCAUUGUCAAUUUUUUACUCUUCUGCCGUUAACAGUCUUCCCAUAAGUAACCGAUUUUUACUUUGGGGUGGGAGGUUUGGAAUGUUGUUUCUAACAAUAAUAAUAAAAAAAAAAAAAAGAGUUGUAGGGUGAAAAAUAAUAUGGCGUUUUUGAAAAUUAAAAUAUUAAAGGAUUUAUAAAAAAAAUUGUCAUUUUCCUUUUUACUCACUCAACCGCCUAAAUGAGCGUCCACCGCAGGUUGUCAAACUAUUGACACCCAACCACCUAAGCCAACCGUCUUGCUGAGGAUUUUCCAUUUUUGCAACCUUGUUGAACCCAUUAUUUUCGAUCUUCCUCUCUGAGUUUGUUUCACCACCCCAAGUUUAUAUCUUCUUUUUUGGUUUCAUUACUCCCUUAUCUUUUGUUCUUCAAUCAGUUUAUAUUACCAGUCCCAGAUAUUUAGUGAUCAUCAUGGAUCCCUCAGAACUUCGACGUAUUUUUCAAAUGUUUGACCGCAAUGGCGAUGGACGGAUCACGAAGAAGGAGCUGAAAGACUCGUUAGAGAACUUGGGCAUCUUCAUUGCAGAAACAGAUAUGAUCCAAAUGAUCGAGAAGAUAGACGUGAACGGCGACGGGUACGUGGAUAUCGAUGAGUUCGGAGCAUUGUACGAGACGAUAAUGGGCGACAGGGACGAGGAUGAGGAUGAUGACAUGAAGGAAGCAUUCAACGUGUUCGACCAGAACGGAGACGGGUAUAUAACGGAGGAAGAGCUGAGAUCGGUGCUGGCAUCGUUGGGGCUGAAGCAAGGGAGAACCAUAGAAGAAUGCAGGAAGAUGAUCGAGAAGGUGGAUAUUGAUGGAGAUGGGAUGGUCAACUUCAAGGAGUUUAAGCAGAUGAUGAAAGGUGGUGGCUUUGCUGCCCUUACUUAAAAAGAUCAUCAUGUAGAGGCUUUCCUUUUUUCCUUUUGAUUUGAGAAAUAUACAGCGUUUGAAGUAGUACUACGUACGAAGAGGAGGAACCUUCGUUAUUAUUCUAUUGGGAGUCCUCUUGUAUUAUUUUUCUGAAAGAAUACAACAUGCUUCUUCUUUC